UGCUUCUCUCGUCAAUUCAUGAUGGCUGCCGGAGACACAGCGUUUUCCACACUGCUCUGCUCCAGGACGUGAAAAAUCGAUUGAUCCAUUUCUGUGAUUAGCGUUUUUUUUUUUUCGGUUGGUCUCUCGUUUUCCAGUUGCGACUCGCCAUUCCUGGAAAGCCAAUCGUUUCGAGCAUUAGUGAAGCAAUCCAGUGUAAUUUCUUGUUAUUGAUGUUUGUUGUAUUUUGUUCCUCCCCGGCGACGACGACGACGAUUGUGACCUGCAGUACGACCGCCACCGGAACAGCCUACCCGACAACACAGACGGGUUAUGCAGUAGCGACAGCGGCCGCACCGGCAGCAGCAGCGUCCUACGGAACAGCAGCGGCUGCAGCAGCAGCAGUAGCGCGUCCGCCCGGAUACGAUCAGGCCUAUCAAACGGCCGCUACGCCGGGUACCUACGCAAAUUCUUUUUUCCCUACAGCUACAGCCACAGCAGCGACUUACGAUUACGGGUACGGUCGUACCACCCAAACAUACGACACUAGUAAGACGUACUAUCAGCAGGCAGGAGCCACAGCCGCGGGUUACACGGCAGCGGCAACCGCAUACGAUCCUACUGGUGCUGGGGCCGCAAAGGUAAUCAACUUCCAACCAGCGACACAGGCAACCUACGCUGCGCAACCGGCCCGCGCCACUAUUCAAACGGCCAAAACAGCCACUCAGUACACAGGUCAACCGCAGGCCUACGUCCCGCAAACGAGCGGUUACUCACAGACAGUGACAACGGUGAACGCCGCUCCAAAAUCGGCCGUAACUGCGCAAACCGUGGCUCAAAACACCAACACAUAUUCGGGAUACGAGACCGCUUUGUACAGUGCCGCUACGAUGUACGUUGCUCAACAGCAGAGCACCAAACCUACCAAUCCACUGAUUCCCGGUCAGCAGGGUCCCGCAGGAGGUGGUUGGCAAGGAUACAAAAAGGGCAACCACAUGGGAAUGCAUCCCUACUACAAGCCACGCAACAAACCCCCGAAACCACAGCCUAUCCAUUAUUGCGACGUCUGCAAGAUAAGUUGCGCUGGACCGCAGACCUACCGCGAGCAUUUGGAAGGCCAGAAGCACAAGAAGCGUGAGCUACUGCUGAAGCAAGCUACAGAGCCAGGAACUGCCACCCCGGCAAGACCUCCAAACAGUCUUCAUUGUGAGUUGUGCGAUGUAACUUGCACUGGCAACGAUGCUUACGCAGCUCAUGUCCGCGGAGCCAAACAUCAGAAAGUGGUUAAACUACACACGAAACUCGGAAAGCCGAUUCCAGCUUGCGACCCUGCUCCGAACACUGAUGAGAAAAAGGAUGGUGACACAGACGAACACGAUGAGAAUGUGAAACCGGUUGGAAGUGAGUACAUCGAGGAGAUCAAGGAUGACGAGGGGAAAUUGGUUAGUUUCAACUGCAAGUUGUGCGAGUGCAAGUUCAAUGAUCCUAACGCGAAGGAGAUGCACAUGAAAGGACGACGCCACCGUUUGCAGUACAAGAAGAAGGUUCAACCGGAUCUGUUCGUGGACAUUAAGCCAACACUGAAGCAGAAAAAGAUGGCCGAAGCUCGCGCUCAUCGUCAGGCAAUGCAGGAGGAGUACUGGAAUCGGCGUCGUAUGGCCGAAGCCGAGAUGGACGACAGCGAUCAUGGUAUGAGACAAUUUGGACGACAUCCGUUUUUCGGUAUGCUACCCGGUCGUCGCCCGGAGUCGUCCGAUGAUCGUCACGUUGUCGCACGACACGCUGAUAUUUAUCCGAAAGAGGAGGAACUGCAGACUAUUCAACGCAUUGUGUCACACACCGAGAGGGCUUUGAAGAUGGUUUCGGAUGCUAUGACAGUGGAUGCUAGCAGCAGUAAGGACGAGAAGAAGGACAACGAGACCGAGAAGAAGGAUAGCAAGAACGAAGAACAGAAUAAGGCUGAUUCAAACCAGAUGAUUUCGUUCCUCAAAGAAGCGGAAGGUGGUAAUGUACGGCUGCUGAAAGGUGUAAUGCGUGUUGGAUUGUUGGCUAAAGGACUUUUAUUACACGGCGAUAACACGGUACAAUUGGUUGUGCUGUGUGCUGAGAAACCAACAACAUCUCUUCUGAAACGGGUGAUUACCGAGUUGCCAAUCCAGCUGAAGAAAGUAACUGAGGAGCACAAGUAUACGGUGACAAUGGCUCCGGUUGAGGGCGCUGUUAUGGUGUCCGAUGGGGCUAUCACGGUGAAAAUAUCUCUCACAUCGCCGCUGCUCCGCGAAGAAGCAAACAGUACAGCUGAGCAGAUCGUCCAGAGCUCGGAAGAUUUACUACCACGAGAACCAUGUCUCCAGGCACUUGCCGCACUGCGACACGCGAAGUGGUUCCAGGCUAGAGCAACGGGACUGCAAUCUUGUGUGAUGAUUAUGAGAAUCAUGCGUGAUCUUUGCCAGCGGAUUCCAAUCUGGGGACACAUCACCCAAUGGGCCAUGGAGCUGCUCAUUGAGAAGGUAAUUUCGUCUGCCGGUGGACCGUUAACUCCCGGAGAAUGUAUGCGUAGGGUCAUGGAGGCUAUUGCAUCAUCCAUCCUAAUCAACGGUCCGGGACUGUUGGAUCCAUGCGAGAAGGAACCCGAGGAUGCUCUUGCCGGCUUGAGCAAACAACAACGGGAGGAUAUCACUAUCUCGGCUCAGAUGUUCCUACGUUUCAUUGCCUUCCGCCAGAUCCACAAGGUGCUAGGAAUGGAACCUCUACCGCCACCAAAGUUUGUUGGCAAUCGCAAUUGGCGUUUCAACCGCAAGCGCAGGCGUUCCGGUACCGAGGGUGCCGACAGCGAAGCUGAUGGAAAAAUGGUUAAGAAAGAGGAGAACAAAGGUGAGAGUGGUACCAACAAUGCGGCAAUGGAUUUGGAGAAUGAAAGCGGAAAGUAGACUGUAAGAUCUCUCAUUUAUAAGGUAGGUAUGAUGCAGCAAAAAAAUUUGAAAACUCUUAAAUAUCUUCGAGUAAAAUUCGUAGGAGAGGAAAUCAUGAACACUGGAUUUAGAGCUACCGUGAUUAAUAACUAUCGUAGCGUAUAUCAUUAUAUUGUCUUACUAUUUAAACAAUGGAAUCAUAUGAAAAAAUUACAUCAAACAAACAAUGUGAAAAACAAUGUAAUUCUUAGUUUCAAACAAUCUCCAGUGUUUUAUAUGCUCCCUACGAAUGGACAACAACAGCGAGAAACUCUGUCUAAAUUAUUUCUUUUUUGACGAACGAAAACCUUAAUCAGGAGAAGGAAAACUAUUUCAAGGAACCAAAAGAAAACGUUGGGCAAUCUUUUCAUGAGAUGAAACAUUCUUGUCUAACCAAUAAGUUUCGCUAACAAUUCGGAACAAAAAGUGAAAUCGUAAUAUUACCAUUAGUAAGACAAAAUUUUGAAAAUGAAAAAAAUAUGUAUCUUAAUGUAUUUAAUCAAUCUCUCAAUUUGAAAUUCAGAUAAAUAUAACAUUAAAUUGCCAAGUGGAAAACGUAAAAAAAAACUGGCUGAAUAAAAAUAUCCACUUCGAAGCAAGAUAUCCAACAAACGUCAACCAUUUUACGUCUAGCCACAGAAAAAGAGAGCAACAUGUAUUAUCAACAAAUAACCUAGUAUAUCCUCUAGAUAUGAAAGAACUAUGAACAGGUAAAAAUAGAGCACACCACUGUCGAUGUUUUCUCCGUUUGUGAAUUGAGAUAUAUGAUGCACUGGUAAAAAUUAAAACUCCAUGAAACGAAACUGACAGUCCUAAGAUCUUGAGAGGUGCGGAGCCUUCACUGAGGGGCCCUGCAGAAGGAAGCGUUAGACUUUGGAAAAAAUCGUAGUUACUAAAUAUUACAAAUGAUAGCACACAUCAAUUCAUUGGAAACGAAAAUGAUUCAGUCAGUGAACCCAUAAAAUAGUAAUAGGAUGUAAUAAACAAAUUCAAAGUAUUUUCUUCUUGGAAAAGGACAGAAA